AUGGCCUUGUCAUCGGAAGAGCCCCAACCCGUCGAUACCGAGCCCAUUUCUCCUCACAGGGAUGCAGAUGUCGAGAAGCUACAGCUUAAGGAACAAGUUGCAGUGAAGGACCGGUCAGUAAUCAAAGGGCUAGGAUGGCUGGAUCGCUUUCUCGCCUUGUGGAUUUUGGUUGCCAUGAUUAUUGGAAUUCUCUUGGGCAACUUUGUCGAAGAAACAGGACCGGCACUUCAGAAAGGCAAAUUUGUCGGCGUAUCUAUCCCCAUUGCUCUUGGACUACUCGUUAUGAUGUAUCCGAUUCUCUGUAAAGUACGCUACGAGACUUUGUACUGUCUUUUUCGUACACGUGCUCUCUGGGUUCAGAUUGGACUCAGUAUCUUCAUGAAUUGGAUCAUAGCUCCGCUCCUGAUGCUCGGUCUUGCCUGGGCCUUUCUACCUGAUAGAAGCGACUUGCGCACAGGACUAAUCUCAGUCGGACUAGCCAGAUGCAUCGCUAUGUAUUGCGCUAUCCUGGUGGCAGUUAACUCCAUUCUCCAGAUGAUACUCUAUGCUCCACUCGCCAUCCUUUUCAUCAAGGUUAUCAGCCGUGAAAAUGGUACCGUUGCUGUCUCCUAUGGGACAGUUGCAACAAGUGUCGCAGUCUUCCUCGGAAUACCUUUAGGCGCUGCAGUCUUAACGCGGUUUACGCUGCGGACUUUCGUCAGCCCGGAAUGGUAUGAAAAAACAUUCUUGAAGUGGCUGGCUCCCUGGUCACUCAUUGGCUUACUUUACACCAUCCUCGUUCUUUUUGCUUCCCAAGGUCGCCAAGUCGUCCACCAAGUCGCCUCCGUUGUCCGAGUCGCGGCACCACUUAUUGUAUACUUCGUCCUCGGGUAUGGAUACAAACUGGGAGCAACCCAAAGCUUGACAGCUGCAAGCAAUAAUUUUGAGCUCGCCAUCGCCGUUGCUGUUGCCACAUAUGGUCCCAACAGCGAUCAAGCACUAGCUGCUACUGUUGGGCCCCUCAUUGAGGUACCUGUGUUGAUAGCGUUGGUUUAUCUUGUAAGAUGUAUGGGUAGCAGGUGGGCCUGGAAGCAAACUCAGUAG